AUGAAGGACCCUUCUCUUCUGACCCGAGACCGCAUCGCCAACGCCCCGACUGCCCCGUUGGACACAGCGCUUGUUUUCGGACACGGCACUUUCCAACGACUGGCAUUGCUCUGCGCCACGCUUUCCAUUUUCAUCUCAGUAAGCAACGGUCUCGCCGCCGUGGUAUUCGCACGGCCCGUGGAACACUGGUGCAAACCACCGCCUGAGCUUGCUUUCAUGCAGACCGACGUCUGGAAGAAUCAGAGCAUCCCCGUGGAACCAGACGGCACGUUCAGCAAAUGCACCCGCUACGAGCCUCUAGUGAACGCGGGAAAUGCCACGGAGAACCGGACCGUGGUCUUCUGCGACGAGUGGAACUACGACCUGGCAACCGCGGGGAAGUCCAUCGUCAGCGAGUGGAACCUUGUUUGCCAGAGACACUGGCUCCUUUUGCUCCAUUCGCUCGUAUACUACGGAGGAGCCAUCGCCGUGAGCCUGAUCGGGAGCUUCGGGGACAGCCUUGGCCGUAAACCUGUCUUCAUGGUCGCGCUGUUACUUCAAGUCGCCUCCGGCACGGCCACAAUCUUCUCCAACACGGUUGUCACGUUUAUCAUCUUGCGCUUUCUGACAUCGGUGACAUCUUUGAUGGUUAUGAGCAUGGCGUCCGUUCUGCUGUUCGAGGUGACGAAGACAACGCAUCGCGUCGUCUUCUGCGCCUUUGCCGUCUCAUGCACAUGUGCGGCGCUGCCACUGUUUCAUUUCUUCUUACUGGCGGUAGGUGGACACUGGAGGAUGGCUCAGGCGAUACUUAUGGUGCCGACGUGCCUCCUCCUGUUCGCCUCCUACGCCACUGAAGAGUCUCCUUGUUGGCUGCUGGGCUUGGGCGACGUCGAAGGCACCGAGCGCGCCGUGAUAUCGGCUGCCAGGGUCAAUGGCUAUCCCUUGGACGACGUGAAGGCCAAGAUGAAUAAGAUUAAGUACGAGACGUUGCGGAGGGGCAACACGCAAACGAACGUUCAACAAUCGAGCACCCUUGACCUUGUGCUGAACAGCUCUCUGCGUUUAUGA